AUGAAGAUGAUCAAGAAUAUUCAUAUCAUCUCUCUUUCUUAUUCUCUCUUUUUAGUCUUCUCUAGUAUUUUCGCGGCCGUGGCGGCACAGAAUAAUCCGGUGAAUGUGGGAGUCGGGGUGGUUCUUGAUUUCGAUACGGGGUUUGGGAAGAUGGGGCUGAGCUGCAUCAACAUGUCGCUCUCUGACUUCUAUGCCUCUCAUCCCAAUUACACCACCAGGCUGCUUCUGCACCAGAGGAACUCACACACAGACGUUGUUCUUACAGCUGCUGCAGCUAUUAUAACUAAUUCUUUUUCAAUUUUAUUAACAGCUCUGGACCUAAUAAAUAAUGUUGAAGUGCAAGCCAUCAUAGGCCCAGAAUCUUCAAUGCAGGCCAACUUCGUUAUAAGCCUCGGAAACAAAUCCCAUGUCCCUACGAUCUCAUUUUCCGCCACAAGCCCAUCUCUCACUUCAAUCCGCUCCCCGUACUUCAUCCGCGCCGCUCAAAACGACUCGUUGCAGGUCAAAGCCAUAAGCGCCCUAAUCCAAGCUUUCGGUUGGCGACAAGUCGUCCCCAUCUACGUAGACAACGAGUUCGGCGAGGGGGUCAUCCCCUACCUCUCCGAUGCUCUACAACAAUUCGACGUCCGAAUCCCUUACCGGGCCGUACUUUCGUCAAGGGCCGACGAUGACCAGAUCGAAACGGAGCUUUUGAAAUUGAUGGCCAUGCAGACAAGGGUCUUCAUCGUCCACAUGCUGCCUGAACUUGGUACUAGGGUUUUCGAGAGGGCUAAGGAGAUUGGGAUGAUGGAUGAAGGUUAUGUUUGGAUAAUGACCGAUGGAAUGUUCAACAUGUUUAGCUAUAUUAGUUUCGGUUCCGUGGUGGAAAAUAUGCAAGGGGCUUUGGGUUUGAAACCCUAUGUGCCAAGUACAAAUGAGCUCGAGGAUUUUAGGGUUAGGUGGAAGAGGAAGUUCCAGCAAGACAAUCCAGGUGUUGAUGAUGUGGAUUUGGGUGUGUUUGGACUUUGGGCUCAUGAUGCUGCCAAGGCAUUGGCCAUGGCAGUUGAGGAGGUAGUGACGAGUAGUAAUGAAAGCUUCGGCUUUCAGAAGGUGAAUUCUUCUGGUAGUUCUAAUGAUUUGGAGAGGAUUGGAAUGUCGGAAAUUGGUCUUCGACUAGUGGAAGCACUGUCAAGGACUAAUUUCAUAGGGCUUUCAGGGCGUUUUAGCCUCCUAAAUGGGCAGCUACAAUCAUCAACUCUUCAGAUUGUUAAUGUGAAUGGUAAAGGAGAGAAGGUGGUAGGGUAUUGGACACCAGAAAAUGGACUUGUGAGAAGCUUGAAUUCCAAAACCACUAUGAACAGCUCAUACUCUACCUCGAAUACUAGUCUUGGGUCUAUUAUAUGGCCUGGAGACUCCAACUCUGCCCCAAAAGGUUGGGAGAUUCCUACAAGUGGGACGAAGUUGAAGAUUUUAGUUCCAAUUAAGAGUGGGUUCAAGGAGUUUGUGAAUGUCACACAUGAUUCGAGCAGUAACACAAACAAGGUGGGUGGAUACUGCAUAGAUGUCUUCGAAGCUGUAAAAAAGGCAUUACCUUAUGAUAUAGAUUAUAAGUAUUACCCUUUUGCAAAGCCUGAUGGUGUGAGUCGUGCUGGUAAUUACAAUGAUUUGGUCAAUGAAGUGUUUCUUGGGAAAUAUGAUGCUGCUGUGGGAGAUAUAACUAUUCGAGAAAACCGGUCCUUGUAUAUUGAUUUUACAUUACCAUUCACAGAAUCUGGGGUAUCCAUGAUUGUGCCCAUAAAAGAUAACAAAAAUAAAAAUGCAUGGGUGUUCUUGAAGCCUUUGACUAGGGACCUUUGGGUAACAAGUGGUUGUUUUUUCAUAUUCAUUGGUUUUGUGGUAUGGGUUCUAGAACAUCGGAUUAACGAAGACUUCCGAGGGCCUCCACUUCACCAGAUUGGCACAAGCUUUUGGUUCUCCUUCUCAACCAUGGUUUUCACACACAGGGAAAGGGUAGUGAGCAACUUGGCUAGGUUUGUAGUGAUCAUAUGGUGUUUCGUCGUCCUCAUAUUGACUCAAAGUUACACCGCCAGUUUAACAUCACUAUUAACAGUUCAACAGCUCCAACCAACUGUUACUGACGUAAACUUGCUUCUGAAGAAUGGGGACAAUGUUGGCUACCAAUCAGGUUCGUUUGUUUAUGGGAUUUUGAAACAGCUAGGAUUUCAGGAUAAUAAGCUCAGGACCUAUGAUACUGUUGAACAAUUGAACGAACUUUUUCAUAAUGGGACUGCAAAUAAUGGGAUAGCGGCUGCAUUCGACGAGACCCCCUAUAUGAAAUUGUUUCUUGCAACUUAUUGCUCGAAAUACACCAUGGUUGAGCCAACGUUCAAAGCUGAUGGUUUUGCCUUUGUCUUCCCAAAAGACUCACCUCUUGCUCGCGAUGUUUCAAGGGCAAUCUUAAAUGUGAAUGAGGGAGGUGAAAUGGACAAGAUUGAGGAUAGAUGGUUCAAAAAACAACAGAGUUGUCAAAACACAAGCAACAACAAUGUCUCGUCCAACAGUCUUAGCCUCGAGAGUUUUUGGGGCCUCUUCCUCAUUGCUGGGGUUGCUUCAUCGUUGGCUCUCCUCAUAUAUGUUGCCAUGUUCUUGUAUGAACACAAGGACAUUCGCUUGGAUUCAGAAUCUUCAUUUUGGAGAAAAGUUCUUGUCAUGUUAAGAAUUUAUGACCAAAAAGACCUCAGCAGCCAUACCUUUAAGAAGAGUGGACUGCAAUUUAGUCCCUCAAGUCCAUCAAGCUAUUCAAACCACACUGAAGCGCAUAAUGUGUUUUCGGAGCAGACAACAUCUUCUCCUGAGCAUGGUGAUUUGAGUCCCACACUCCCACUAAUGGUCAAUCAACCAGAGAGAUUGAAUUAGCUAUUGAGCAUCCUUAGAGACAGAGAGGUACUCCUAGGUUCCCCAAUUUAGUAAUUGAUAUGAUUUCUC